UAAGAAUGGCGGAGCCACGGAGCGCAGGGCUGUGGCUCGAGUGGGCGCUAUCCGCCUCCAUCCGCUCCUGGGGAGCUGCGUUGCACUCACGAUGGCGGGUGAGAAGAAGGCAGGUGAGAAGAAAGCAGGCGAAAAGAAGGCAGGCGAGAAGAAGCCGGCCCAGAAGAAGGUAGUAGAGAAGAAACCAGCUGACAAAAAGCCAAUUGAGAAGAAGGCAAGCCAGAAGAAGGCACGUGAGAAGAUAAAGAAGCCUAAAAAGUACCAUGCCAGCUGCAACCCGGUCCUGGCGCGGGGCAUUGGGAAAUACUCCCGGUCAGCCAUGUAUGCCAGAAAAGCACUGUACAAACGCAAAUACACUGCUCCAGAAACAAAGAUAGAAAAGAAAAAGAAAGAGAAGCCACGCGCAACUGUCAUCAAACCAGUUGGUGGAGACAAGAAUGGAGGCAGCCGUGUGGUUAAAGUCCGCAAAAUGCCUCGCUAUUAUCCAACUGAGGAUGUUCCUCGCAAGCUUUUGAGUCAUGGCAAAAAGCCAUUUUCUCAACACAAGAGGAGGUUGCGGGCUUCUAUUACUCCAGGAACUGUUCUGAUCCUCCUGACUGGUCGUCACAGAGGCAAGCGUGUUGUCUUUCUGAAGCAGCUUGGUACUGGCCUGUUGCUUGUUACAGGACCUCUGGCUGUCAACCGUGUUCCUCUGCGUAGGGCCCACCAGAAAUUUGUUAUUGCUACAUCUACAAAGGUUGAUAUCUCUGGAGUGAAAAUUCCCAAGCAUCUCACUGAUGCCUACUUUAAGAAGAAGAAGCUGCGUAAGCCCAAGCACCAGGAAGGCGAGAUCUUUGAUACUGAAAAAGAAAAAUAUGAGAUAACGGAGCAACGUAAGACAGACCAGAAGGCAGUGGAUUCCCAGGUCCUUGCACGAAUCAAGAAGGUGCCUCAGCUCCGUGGGUACCUGCGCUCCACAUUCUCUCUCUCAAAUGGAGUCUAUCCUCACAAAUUGGUGUUCUAAGUGUUCUGAAAGCACCACAUUAAAUUUGAGGGGAAAAAAGCAAGGA